AUGGUUGGGGGGCGAGAGUCCUCCCGGCGGGACUCCUUUCUCUCGGAUCGAAGCGACCCGAGAGAGGACAGAUUCAGUUCUUCAGUGUCUGCAGACGAAAGCCGCAACGUUUCGGCCUUUCAGGCGCAGAGCGAGGAAGGCGACUUCCUUCAUUCUUCGUUCGGCGUCCCCGCGGUGUACGCAGACGACGCCUGCGGGGAGCCUUUAGACUUUUCGGGUGCCGACGCUCUAAAUGAGCCAAGAGAUGUCUUUGCGAUCGAGGACGGGUGCUCCUCGGAGUCUGGCUCGGGCGACGAGUCGCUCGGCUUGUCCACACAGCUCACGCUCCGCGUCGGGCGUCCGUCGGCGAGUUUUUCCUCCUUCGCUCCGCUGUCCGCGUCGUUUUCCUUGUCGCAGUCCCUGUGCGCGACCUCUGGCGACCUGCCCGCCGCACCUCGCCGCCCCCCGCGCGGCGCCGAAACCGAGAGCACGGCGGAGGCGCAAGCCUCAUCCGCGGCGCCUCGUGGCAGCAGUCGAAGGGCGGGCGUUCCCGGGGACGAUGGGGAGAUCGGCGGGCGCGAGGCAGGCCGUCAGGGAUGCUGGCGGCGCGCGUGGAGCGGAGCCGCAGCGCCGGAGACGCCGGAGCCACGGCCGGCAGAGGCGAGCAGCCCCGGGUCUGAGGCGCCGGCUGCAGACGCCGCUCGCGCGCCGCCUGCGGCCAGACACGCCGAACGGCUGCGGCCUCUCGCAGGCGCUGGGACGAAGGCCCGCGGAGAGCCCGCCGUCGCGGAGUCUCCACAGAGUGGCCGAGAGGACGCGCGCGCGACAGAAGGGCACGCCGCGAACCCCGAGCGCUGCAGGCGAGGCGCGGUAGGCAAAGGCGACACACGAGGCGAGCAAGCAGCGGAAGACGAGGCUGAAAGACUGGGGGCCUGGCACAACUCCACGCAUCUUCUGAAAGAAGAAAGUUCCGCCACAUUUGGCGCCGCACACCAAGGACUCCCGGUCGUCUGCAUUUUGGUCGUUGUUGAGCACCCGGCGAGGGGCGCGGAGAUUCGCCUGUUUCACCAGAUAUCGGACAGCUGCGCAGACGCGGGGGAGAAGGCGAGCCGCGGCGAGCGUUGCCUUCCCACGCUGCGUCACGCCAGCGCAGAGAGGAGGGGAACAGAUUCAAGAUUUUCUUCAGCCGGCUCCUGCGCCAAACGAGGCUCAGACAGCCGCCGAGGCAGCACCGGACGACCCUCGACCAGUCGCUGCAUGCGCCUCGAGCAGCCAGCACGGCGUGGCGGCUCGCCCUCGGCUCCAGCGUCUCCGUCGUCUUGUUUUCCUUCUUCCAACUCGGCGUCUGCUGCGCACGCGGCGCUUAUCCGCGACUGGGCACCGCGCUUGGCGCUCCCAGACGUCUCGGCGCCCGAAGGGCCGCUGGACGGCGCAGACGGGGCGCCGUCCUCACCCUCUUCCUCGCAGUCUGCGGCGGCCUCCGAGACGCAGGCGAAAAUCCAAGCCGCUCAGGACGGCCGCCGCGAGGGAACCGUCUUUUUCCUCCUCCCCGCGCCCGACUGCUGCCUCUUCGGCCUCUCGUGCUACAGCGUCAUCGACGCGCGAUCGAUCUAUCCGGGUGCGUCGCCAGGCUCGCGGCUGCGCGGCGCAGUGUGCGUGGUGAGCAGCGCGCCAUUCUGGGGGUGUUUGCUCUUUCGGCUCGCCCCGGUCGCCUCCGCAUUCUUUCAAAGUCUGCAGGCGCCUGCGCCGGUGUCUCCUUCCUCGCUCGGCGCGCUGAGGCUCGAGCGGAGCUCGCGCAGCGGCUCGCGGGCGCGGCAAAGCGAGAAGGCCUUCUCUCGCCUGGAAAAGGCGCAGAGGAGACGCCGGCAGUCUAGCAGCAAGCGCGAAGACACGCGGCGUGAGGGGAACGAAGCGCAUGCGGAGGCGUGCGCGCCGCCGCCGCACGCGUCGGGCGACAGAGAAGGCGCGAGUCAAUCGAAGACAGAAGACGUCGCCGUCGCCGUCGCGGAGGACCUUCUCUUAGAGUGGACUGCGCAGGUGAACAGGGUUCGCCUCGAUCAGAUGCGCUACUCCGAGUUGUUUUUCAACCUCGAAGGAAGUCUCCUUCCUUUCUUUCUGCUCUUCCCCCCGGAGCUGCUGCUCACGCUGGCGAAGGCGUUUCUGUUGGAGAGGAAAAUCCUUUUCUUCUCUGAAAAUCCGACUCGAGCGUCUUCUGCCGUCCUCGCCUUCCUCUCGCUCUUUCCAGCCGCGCUCACCUGUGGAUUCAACAGCGACGGAUUUGGGAGUCUUCAGUACCGCUGGACGCUCUACGGCUUUCCCUUUCACGUCUUCCACCAGAGAUUCGUGCUGGCGCCCUUCCUCUCGCUGCCGCUCAUCGAAGACGUCCUGAUUCAAAAGCGCGGCUUCCUCGUGGGCGCCUCCAACUGGGCUGUGCGUACACACCCCGUCGUGCGGCCAGACGUGCUUGUCGAUCUGGAUCGGGUUACCGUGGACAUUGCCGUGGCUUCCCUGCGGCCCUGCCUCGCGCUGAGUUCGCGCGACGUUCUUUUUUCUUCCCAGUCGCUUCCUGAGGCGCUUGCGUCUGCCUCUCACCGCCGCCACACCGCCCCAGUGGCUGCCGGGUCGUCCUCAGUGCUUUCUUCUUCUUUCGGGGCGAAGAGUCUCUUGGUGCGCCACAACAGCGACGCCGUGUCCAAAGAAUCGUCAUUCGCCUCCUCUCGCACUUCAGGUAUCCCUCCUCCAGAGGUGCUGCCCGCGUCUUCGGCCUCGUCGUCGUCCUCCGCGCUUUCUUCUUCCUUUUCUUCUUCCUCCUCUUCUUCGUCUGCCUCUGCCUCAGCCGCUUCUUCCUCCUCUUCGUUCUCCUUCGGCCGCCACGCGGGAGAGAUCUUCCAGCAGGCACUCGGUUCGCUGUCUGCCUCGCACGCAUCGGCAAGGCCUGCGUUUCUCAGAAAACAGAAGUCAUCGACUGCGAGUGCGUCGAGCGUCGUUUCUACGCCGCUUCCUCCCUCCCCCGGCGCUUUUCCUUCACCGCCGCUCUCUCUCUGCUCCUCGCCGUCGCCUCUGUCUGCUGCGACGCCUUCACCCCCCCUGGCGGACGCGGAGCCUGCGCGCGACCCGAUAGACUGGAUGCUCGAGGGCGCGCGCGCGACCACGGAGCCCGGCGCCGCGGAGGUGCCUCAAGAGGAAGAGUCGCGCGCGAGUCCAGAAUCCUCUGCAGGCGCGGCGGCUGAAGGCCGCGGCCGGGCUCUGCGGAAGGAAACGGAGAGAGUUUUUUCUCUCUCGCCUUCCGCGCGGCGACAUGCGACCGCGGAGCCGCAGGCGGCGGGCUCGUCGAGCUCUGUCUCUCGCGCGGCGAGUCCUCUCGCGUACAAGUCUGCCGCCGCGGCGUCCCUGUCUAGCUCCUCGGCGGCCGCGACUCCGUCGGCAGGCGACCGCGGCGCCGACAGAGUCGAGCGCGGCGGUCUGCCUGGCUGGCGAGCGUCGGGCGCGUUCUCGCAGUUUUCGCGCGCAGUGAAGAGCUUCACAGCGGGACUCGACUUGGGGGGAUCGGGUCAUAAAAACGGCGUCGCCGCCCUCGGGCCGCCCUCUGCGAACCCUGUCGCGCCUCUGGAACCCCGCGAGCACGACGCUUCGCCGCCCGCACCGGCUCUCGCGCCUGCCGCCCCCUGCGCGGUCUCUCCGCCGUCCGAGUCACGCGCCCAGAGCCUCGCUCCGCCGAAAGUGACGCCUGGCACGUGCGCGUCUGCCCAGAUGCCUGCGUUCGUCUCGCGUGGUGUUCCCUCGAACGCCGCGACCCUCGCGGCGGCCUCCCGCGCGCUGUGGAAGCGGAGCUCGACGUCCUCCGCUUCCACUUCGCCUUGCGCGUCUCCGCUCGCCGCGGCGACUGCGAGAAGAAAAACGGCAGACAGAGUGGCGGACAGGGCCAAGGCGCCGUCGACCGCCGACGCAGACUGGGAAGCCUCCACCGACCGCGUCCGCGUGGCGUUUACCCAGUACCUCGAGCGUCUCUGUCGGUGCGCGGCGGUGGCCGCGGGCCCGCGGCGGAGCGCGUCGCAGCUCCUCGCGGAGCUCGCGCGCCUUUCAGAGCGAGAGCGCGGACGCGAGCAGACUCUGCGCGAUGCCGACGACGACGGAGACAUCAGCGACUUCAAUCCGCGCUGGAUGUGCGCCUGGACGGACACACACAACUUCCAAGUCUGGCUGAGGCAGCACCGCCUGCCCACGGUGCGUCCCGAGGCGGAAGCCCAGGGCGAGGAAGAAGCCGUGUCUUUAGUCCCCCCGCAGGCAGGCUACGCGCGCUUCGUCUACGCAGAUCGCGACGUUUAUGAAGGAUAUUUCUCCAAGUCGAUGCGACACGGGCACGGAGUCUACUCGAGCCGCGACGGCUUCCGCUACGAGGGCGAGUGGCGGCGCGAUCAGCGGCACGGCUACGGAGUCCUCACGCACGACAAAGUCGGGUUCGUGUACGCGGGUCAGUGGGCUGCGGACAAGAAGCACGGCGAGGGUCACCUUUAUUCCUCCACGGAGCGCUACUGGGGCGGCUUUGUAGACAACCAGUACAGCGGAAAGGGGACGUACGUGGAGCGCGUCGGGGGGAUUUUCUACGAAGGCGAGUUCUCUGAGGGGCUAUUUCAUGGGCUUGGGAAGCUGCGCCUGCCGACCUUCUCUGCGCGCGGCGAGUUCUCACGCGGCUUCCGCAUGGCGUGCGGCGGCGCGUCGCCGAAAGCCACUCCGCAUUCGGGCGCCGACGCGAGCUGCGAGGCGACGUUCUGCGGAGAGUGGGAUGCAGGCCAACCAAAGGGCGUUUUCACCUGCGUCUACGGCGACGGCCGCGUCUAUACAGGCACGCUCAAGGAGGACACGCUGCUGCCGCACGGGACGGGUUCGAUGACGCACGCAGACGACUCGGCGUUCGAGGGCGAGUGGCGUGACGGCCGUCGGCAGGGCGCGGGGGUCUUUUCGGCGCCGGCACAUGUCUUUCGCUUGUCUUCCGAACUCGAGGGGCUGCUUCGCGCGCUCAACCUCCACGAAGAGUCGCCGCAGGUCGGCGCGGCGCGAGGAGAGAGCGCGGCGUGCGUGACAGUGGAGGGCGUCUGGCGCGACGACGCGCCCGCGGCGGACGCGGAGUGGGUCGUUGCAUUUCCUUCAGGAGACAAGUAUGUGGGGACGCUCCGCGUCCCCCCGCCCCUUCCUCCUCGCGCCGUUGCCGCGCAGAGCGGCGUGGACGCGAGCGGGUCGCGAGACCCAGGCGAGGCGCAGCGCGAGCCGGCGGAAGACCAGCCUGGGGGCGCCUCGGGCGACUUGCAGCCAGCCAAGGAAGAAGGCGCGCUUGAAGAGACACUCAACAACAUGAUUCUCCCUCACGGCGCAGGCCUCGCGAAGCUGAAGGCGACGGGCGAGACCUACGAUGGGCAGUGGAAGCGCGGCCGGCGCCACGGCGAAGGGGAGUGCAUCGCGAGCUCCGGCGUGCGGUAUCAAGGCGAGUGGCGCGAGGGGCGUCCGCACGGGGAAGGCGUUUUGACCGACGCUGGCGGAGGCGAGCAGCGAGGGUUCUUCCGAUAUGGGGUUUUCCUUCGAGAAGAGGAGGAAGCGCAGCACGCAGACGAUGAAGAAGCGAGCGAGCGAGAUGAAGAAGCGAGCGAGCGACGUCUGGGCUCUCUCGAGUGUGGCGGCGAUGGCGUUCUGCCAGCGCAGCGCUGGGGGGACGCGGGCGGAGGCGCGGCCGCGACGAGAGGAGACAGCGACGCCGAUGCGUCGCGCCCGAGGUCUGCUGAGGCAGACAGAAGCUCGCCUGUGCUGUUCUCGGCGUUCCUUUUGUAUCCUCUUCAUCUCUGUCGCUCCUUCUGGCGCUCGAGCGCCUAG